ACUUGCCUGCGUCGCUCGAGUCGUCCAACGCGAUUACGCGAGGUAGGAACUGUGAGAUCGGUGUAGUAAAAGUGGCCUCUAUCUGUGCAACUGAGCAGUGAUGAUUUUACGUUAAAAUAUUUCCCUGAGUUUUUUUUUUGUCACAAAUAUAUCAAUUUCUGACGUGCGUCACGAUAAUCGUUGCUGACUGCAAAGUAAUAUAAAGUUCUUUUCCAAUCUCAAAGAAUGUUGCUGUCAAAAUAAGGCGGAAAAUAAAUAAAUAGGGUUAAAACACAACGGCUCGCGCAGUGAUGUGAUGGAAAGAGAACCUUAAGACUGUGCAUUUAGAGUGACUAUUGCGUGAGUGGUUAAAUGUGAUGUCCGAAUUGAUAUAAAUUAUGCUCACUAGGUUCAAUAUUAAAACUAUGAUAAGACUGAAGGAACGGUGAUUGAAUACGCAGUGAUCAUCAUGGACUGGAGAAUUCGGCGGCGGGCACACGAAUACCACCGGUGAAGUUAGUCGAGGCCACAGUCUUUUGAAAUAGGUAAUCAUGGAAGGUGCAGCUCCGGAAUCGGUUGACCAACAACCGAUUAAACAAGAAUCUACUACCGUUAAUGAAUAUGAAACAGAUGUUGUAACACCCAACAAGGAAGAUGAUGCUUUUCCUGCAGUGAAAGAUGAAAAGAAUAGUGACAGUGACGUUCAGAGUGAGGACCUUAGUUCUAAUGAUGAACCGAGUAACGCAAUCAGUAAUAGUAACUCUCAGUUUUAUGAGAGCAGUGAUAGUAAGAUAGAUUACGCAGUUAAAAUAGAUGAUAAUGAUACUCUAAGUGACAUUGACGAUCUAAAAACUGAUAGUGCUUCUGCCGACAGUGAAGACUCUGCGCUAGGCAGCUUGCCACCGGACAGCGCGCCCAAUGAAAGGGAAGAAGAAGUACAGGAUAGGUCAGAGGGCAGCGACUCGGGUCUAGGAUCGGAAGCUAAUGAAGAUAUAAAGGUACCCAGUUUUAAUCUGGUACUGCCAUGUCCAGGGAAUCUAAAGAAUAUUGAGCCAGAACUAAUCGAGAAUCAUUCAGAAAUUACAAAUAAAAUUCAUGUCAAGAAUGAACAAGAUGACAGCCAUAUCCCCGAAACUAAAACCCCACUAAGAAGUAGCCUUAAGAGAAAAUGCCGAGAUGAGACAAUUGAAGAUAUAGAACCUAAAAGAAGAAAAGAAGGAAUAAGAUUUGAUAAUGUGACCGUUUAUUACUUCCCCAGAGCACAAGGAUUUUCUUGUGUGCCUUCGCAAGGAGGCUCUACUUUAGGAAUGGAAUGGGAACAUUCUCAUGCACAAAAGUUUACUUUAGUUGAACACGCCCUUGAACAGAGAAGGUUACACAGGCAAAUAUUACAACAGUUAAAAAGCGAACGCCAUUCUUUAAAAGGUGUGUCGCUCUCUUCCAGCGAAGACAGCGAUACUGAAGAAGAAGCGAGCGACAUAUCUGAGUCAGAAUUGGAUUUGGACAGUUAUUAUUUUCUACAGCCAGUGCCCACAAGACAGAGAAGGGCUCUCUUACGUGCAGCUGGAGUGAGGAAGAUUGAAGGUUACGAAAAAGAUGAAUGUAGGGAUAUAAGGACUUCACGCGAAUUUUGCGGUUGUGCUUGUAAAGGAACGUGCAAUCCGGAAAGCUGCUCGUGCAGUUUAGCUGGCAUAAAAUGUCAAGUAGAUAGACUAAACUUUCCUUGCGGAUGUACCAGAGAUGGCUGUUGUAAUACUACUGGUCGUAUCGAGUUUAACCCCGUAAGAGUUAGAACUCAUUUUAUUCAAACACUUAUGAGAUUAGGACUUGAGAAGAAAAACGAAGAAAAUCAAGAAGCUGUGAAAAGACAGUGGGUAGAAGCGCACAACACUAAUGCAGUCUCCUGUUUAAACAAUACUUCCUAUAACGGCGACCGAUGCCUCACUCAUGAAGAUGGUUUACUACGAGACGUCAGUCUCUCUCCUAGAGUAGAGGUCGAAUCUUGUGUCAAUUCCGGAAGCUUUAAUAAUAUUCACUGCGACGUGAACAAUGCCACUGCACAAAAUGGGAUACAAGAUGACCCGUCAUAUGCCUAUAGAAAUAGUAAUUCAAGCAAUAGAAACAUAAAUCAAAACAACAUGAUGCAUUUCGAAAAUUCUAAUAAUCAUCACAAUCAUGCUGACCCGUACGCAUCCAAUAUUCUCCAAGGCAAAGGUCCGCCUUACUCCGCUGCCAAUACAAUGGGAUUUGACACAACUUCAACCAAUAUACAAAGAUUUCCCUGUGAUCUCAAUUAUGCAUAUGAACAACACCAUUCUGAGACUCAUAAUUUUAAAGGUUUACAAAGCUUCUCGGCCUCUACUUUUGAAGAAUUCGCCCACAACUCACAGAUGACGAUGUUUAGUCAUUACGGCCAGAUGUACGUCCCGGACUACCUGCACAAGCCCAGCACAAGUAUGCACGACCACAAUGCCACACAAUAUCAUGCUAUGCCUCAAAAUAAUUACGAGAUGUACAAAAAUAAUUCUGAAUGCGUAAGCUCAGAUGCUAAAAGUGUGUCUCAUUACACUACUUUGAUGACAAUGCCAUAUCAAAAUAGUAAUAAGUUGCAAGAAGUAGAGAAUGAUGAGAAUUGGUUCAGUCACAAUACUCUGCUGAACUUGGACCACUCUGAUCAAACGACGCAAGACGCGGUGGACCUACAGUCUCACUCCACGGAGACACCAACGGAAAGCAAUACUACGGAGACUACCGAAAAUUUCGGUGAACUUAUUAAGAAAACUAUGGUAGAAUCUGUUACUGUGUAGAUGAAUUAUUUGUUGUCUUUUCAUCAUCUUAAUGAAUUAUCGUGUUAUUAAAUUUUUAAUUAUAUUAAUUAAUAAUUAUGAAUACGGAAUAUUUUAUUGUGAAUUUAAUUAUACAAAAUUUACCCAUAAGUGCAUAUGAAAAUAUAGAAUUGAGUCAUACAAACAAUAAA